AUGCGCGGCGAAAAGCGCAAGAGGACAGUUGUGAACAACGAUGGGAUCCACCCGCGGAACAUGUAUCGAACGCCCCCCGACUUCGAAGGUCUUGCGAAGGCGUAUCCUUCACUGCAGCCAUAUGUUCGGCAGUCCAGCAAUGGUACAUGCAGCUUCCAGUGGAAUGAUCCUCAAGCAGCAAGAGAACUGACCAAAUCCCUCCUUCACCGUGACUUUGGUGUGACUUGGGAUAUUCCCCUCAACCGGUUGUGUCCACCGCUGACAAAUCGCCUCAACUACAUUCACUGGAUCGAAGACUUGAUCCUGUUGUCUCGAUCAACGUACACUGCGACGUCCGACGAGGGUCCCAUCUGGGGUAUCGACAUUGGCACAGGGGCCUCGUGCAUCUACCCGCUGCUCGGGCACUCGUUGAAUCAGUGGAAUUUCAUUGCGACCGACAUCGAUGCUUUGUCCCUUCGAUAUGCAACUGCGAAUGUCGAAUCUAACAACCUGUCGCAUGCGAUCCACGUUGAGGCGGUUGCGCCAGACGCGCCUUCCGUCCUCCUAAUCAAGUCGAUUGCAACGCACGCAAGCCCGAUUCUGUUCAGCAUGUGCAAUCCCCCGUUCUUUGACUCGGUCGAGGAAGCAGACACGAACCCACGCACGGCAUGCACUGGUUCCCACGGCGAGAUGACAACUCCUGGCGGAGAAGUUGCCUUCAUCUCCACCAUGAUCCAAGACAGCCUUGUCCUCCACACCAAAGUGCGCUGGUACACGUCGUUGAUCGGACGCAAAAGUUCCUUGCGGCCCCUCCUCGCUCUCCUACGAUCCCAUGGCGUAUGCAACAUGCGCACGACAGAGUUUCUCCAAGGCCGGACGACGCGAUGGGGGCUGGCAUGGUCCUUUACCUCAGAUGGCCACGGGUCUGAACGACAGCAUUCACACAAAGUUCUCGCCAAGCGACGAGAGUCCAAGCGUCGGCAAGAGUUGACAUUUCGCGUGGACCAAACAGAUACAAGCGAGUGUGUUUCGCUGGACCUCGUGCACCGCCGCAUUCUGGACAGCGCAGCCUUGGUUCACAUGUCCGAGAUGGACCUCGCCGUGACUGAAGGCAGCUCUGACCAGCACGGGCAGCCACGGCGCCGCAUGUACAUGAUUGAGGCUACACGCGCAGGCGAUGGCCAUCGGGUGCUAUUGUUUCAAGCGGCGGUAUGCGCGGAAGCCACUGCAGUUGCGGACAAUGCCGGCCACCGCCACGAAUGUGUUGACGUGGCGCUUGUGUGGCAGCAGGGCGUGGCCCGGGACCAGUUUUGGACAUUCAGCGACAAGUGGAAGGGUGCCAUUCUGCGCAGCGGCCGUCGAUGGCGCAAGGCGGCGCGCCCACCGUGUGAAGGAGUUGCUCGGUUGGGCGAUGCCGCUGCUGAGCAACAUGAUGAGCUCAAGGUUUGAACGCUGUCAUUGCUAUUGGCUAAUUUUUGACCAAUCAAAUCGGUGAAAUCUACAA